GAUUGAAUAAAUUCCAAUGUUAGUGCAUACCCUAGUCAAGUACGCACAGUACGUACCUUAAUGACAUGCCCCCUGCCCGGCUGUUACCAAUCUUUGCCCCUCAACUUCCAACCGCCAACUGCCAACCGCCAACCGCAAACGAGAAUCCGAGAAUACAUCUGUCUACCUACCAUUUUGAUCCUGAAGGAUACGUAACGGAAGAGUUAGUGAACAUUAGGCGCCCUGAUUCAGCCAUAAUUGCCAUAAACCCUUCUGUUAAGCACUUAAGGUUACUUCGCGGUCGCUUAAUCAAAAUUCUCUGACGCCUACAGCGUAUUUCGUUUUCUGCCACCCGCCGUCAUCCAAGAUAAGAACCUUGCCUUGCAUUACGACAAGGCUAUUUAAUUAUUCCUAUCUACCAUCGUCACGAUUUCCGAGGACGCUCCCCCAGCGUCCAUCCCCCACAGACAACCAAAUUCUACAUCUUUAGAUCCUAUUAGUCAAACUAGCACGGCUGGGGGGAUAUUGUUCGAUCAAAGAUACACUACCCAACCACGCCCAACUCGCGGCAAGAUGGAUGCUAAGAGACAUCCAAGCUCUUUCCAGCAGCUCGAGAAGUUGGGAGAGGGUACCUAUGCCACUGUCUUCAAAGGACGAAAUCGCCAGACGGGCGAACUCGUCGCCUUAAAGGAAAUCCACCUCGACUCGGAAGAAGGUACCCCGUCGACCGCGAUCCGAGAGAUAUCGCUUAUGAAAGAACUCAAACAUGAGAAUAUCGUAGCCCUGUACGACGUAAUCCACACGGAGAACAAACUUAUGCUAGUUUUUGAAUAUUUAGAUGGUGACCUUAAGAAGUACAUGGAUGCUCAUGGCGAUAGAGGAGCCUUGAAGCAUGCGACCAUCAAAUCAUUCAUGUUUCAGCUAUUGAAAGGUAUCGACUUCUGUCACAAGAACCGUGUUCUCCAUCGAGACUUGAAGCCUCAGAAUCUCCUUAUUAAUGGGAAAGGCCAACUCAAACUUGGAGACUUCGGAUUGGCGCGCGCAUUCGGAAUUCCCGUUAACACUUUUUCGAACGAGGUCGUCACCUUGUGGUACCGUGCUCCGGACGUUCUUUUGGGAAGUCGCACGUACAACACGAGCAUCGACAUAUGGUCGGCGGGUUGUAUCAUGGCGGAGAUGUACACGGGUCGACCGCUUUUCCCUGGCACGACGAACGAGGAUCAGAUCAUACGCAUCUUCCGUAUAAUGGGCACCCCGACAGAGAGAACUUGGCCCGGAAUCACGCAGUUCCCCGAAUACAAACCGAACAUCCAGAUGUAUGCGACACAGGACCUUAGGGCUAUCCUCCCUCAGAUCGACUCGCUCGGCAUUGAUCUCCUGCAACGAAUGCUAGUUCUUCGUCCGGAACAUCGUAUUAGCGCACACGAUGCUUUACAGCACCCUUGGUUCAACGACCUGGUACAACAUCAGAUGCAGCAACAGCAAGCAAUUCAGGCACAGGUUAGAGGCUAUGCUGCUCCGGCUGUGCCAUCGCAAGGUGUUUACGAUGCUGGGUACUAACCAGGAUACAAUCGAUAUCGGCCGAAAAUCCCAUAUGAUACACCUCUCAGGGACAUGGGAUAUGAAACGGUGAAUCGAAGUUGGCUUUAUUGCUUUAUUGACGCUCGGCUAUGAGAGGACCGCGGUGGAGCUAUAGAAGUGGUUAGUGGCUGGGUUAUCAAUGACGAUCAUGGGCGGUAUUAUGAUGUGGCUAGUCAGGAGGUGGUUAUGGACAGGCGUUCGGCAGAAUCCAUAGGUCAUGACUGCAUUCAUGGGCAUUUUCGAGCAAGAUUCGUUGCUAUUAAUGAAAACGAUAUACCCCAUUUCCGAGUUUUACUAACUAUGGGCGGUGUUGUGUAUGUGAUAUGCAAUCGCGGGAAGUGGGAAUCAAUUGGACGAUAUAAUGAGGAUAGAAUGAUUUCUUUUCUGGUAACCGGAUGUUCACGUACCACUUCCUUGUUAUAAAUGAUUUUACUCUAGGUAUUAUUUAGGAGGUCUUAAUAGGCCAGCUAAUUAAGCUAGGUAGGUAGCAAUGACAUAUUCAUACUUCA